AUGCAACGCCAUCAGGCUUUAUCUCUGGUUUCGCUAUACGGAAGUGGUACACCAACCGAUAUGAAACAAUACAAUUGUCUCUUGGCUGCGACAAACGUGCGAGGUGGCUUCGGUUAUAUAUUGUACGAGCAACACGACGUGUUGUUAUUUCAGUUUGUCAAUAGAAAUGAUAUCGGUUCUGUUGCUCCUCUGGUGUGUCAAUUAUGGGAACAGUUACAACGAUUUUCCAUCUUUGAUCACCAAGAACGCCACUAUGGCGGUCAUCAUCGACAAAAGCCUCUUUGCCACCAGAGACGAAUACCGAAAUGUCACGGGAAUGAUGCACGAUUUGAUCACAGACAUCGUGAAAAAGGAAAUGCAGAUAGGUGGCAUAGUUGUUCAUAUCUUUCGCGAUACGAACAAAACUUAAGUUUAUCUUUUCAAGAUCCAGAUUGUCCCCGAAUCCCAGACACGGAUGGCAUGAGCGUGCCACUGAUCGUGCCAGGAGACGAAUUGUCACAGAUUUUCCUCGACUUGAGGAUGAUGAACAUUCUAACGUGGAAAAUGAUAAAUAUCCUCCACGACGAUACGUUCGACAGAGACACGAUCAGCAGAGUAAUGAAAGCCAUCUCGGACAAGCUACCGAACAAACAAUUGAACAUAAUCUCCAGGUCGAUUUUCACGCUGAAACACGAGACUACGAAGAGCGAGAGAAGAAAUUCGGUGAAGAAGGUAUUGGACAAUUUCCACGUGGAACAACUAGGACAUUGUUUCUUGGUUAUUGCUACUAUCGAUAUGGUUGCUGACGUGAUGGGUGUGGCGAGGUCCUUGAAGAUGGUCCGUCCAGAUAAUCAGUGGUUGUAUGUGAUCACCGACAGCGCGAUGCAGAAUCGGACCAACAUGACAGUAUACGCUGAUUUAUUGGCAGAAGGAGGAAACGUAGCCUUCAUGUACAACGUGACUAAUUCCGGCGAUUACUGUAAAGUUGAGUUGAUGUGUUACGUGCAAGAAUUGAUCCAAGCACUGGCAAAAGCUCUGGAGUACUCCUUGAAGAACGAGAUCAAUCUGUUCAAGAAGAUCGAAGAGGAGAACUUCCAAAUGAUCAGGCUGACGAAACGCGAGAGGCGAACCGAACUCCUGAAGAACGUGAGAGUCAGUAAAUUGUACGCAAACUUAAAACGAAAUAUAUUCCUUUCUCAAAACAUGUUGGCUUCAGAAGGUAUUUGCAGACGAUGCUUGUUAUGGAGAUUCUCCUCGUCUAUAACUUGGGGAAACUUCUUUUCUCAUGGUAAAAAUGUGGCACACCUGUUAGAUAUAGGCAUAUGGACACCUGGUUUUGGUGUGAAUCUGACCGACAUGAUUUUCCCUCAUAUCGCGCAUGGAUUCAGGGGCAUUAAUUUACCAAUCGCGAGUUAUCACAGUCCACCGUGGCAGAUAAUUUCCGUGAGCAAAACAGGCCAAAAAGUGUACGAAGGAUUGGUAUUCGACGCUAUCAACUACCUAAGCUCGAAAUUGAACUUUUCUUACUCGGUGAUUACGCCGGAAGUGACUCGAAGUCUAAACUCGUGGAAUACUUCUCGGUUCGCCAAGCUUGGCGAGAAAAUUAACGAGAUGACCAUGUCGACUACGAGGAAAGUGCCGAAGGAAGUGAUCGAUUUGGUACGAGAGAAGAAGGUUCUUCUAGCUGCUUGCGCGGUCACCGUAAACGAACACCAGAAAAGCACAGUUAAUUUUACUGUACCCAUUUUCGUACAGACAUAUAGCUUUCUAACUUCCCGACCCAGACAAUUAUCUAGAGCUCUUUUAUUCGCGUCACCAUUUACCGAAGAGACGUGGGCCUGUCUGGCCGUAUCCAUUAUCAUAAUGGGUCCGAUCUUGUACCUGGUUCACAAGUACAGCCCGUACAGCAUCAAGACCUCGGGCCUCAACUCCUCGUGGCAGUGUGUGUGGUACGUGUACGGCGCGCUUCUUCAACAAGGUACCAUUUUAUUGUUGUCCCGAGGAAUGUAUCUGCCGCACUGUGACAGCGCUCGUUUACUGAUCGGUAUCUGGUGGUUGAUCGUGAUGGUCCUGGUAGCGACUUACUCCGGAAGUCUGGUCGCCUUUCUCACUUUUCCACGAAUAGACACGAUUCUAACCGUGGAUGAUCUGAUCGUGCGUAAAGACAGGAUCAGUUGGGGCUUUCCGAACGGUAGUUUCCUCGAGAUGUAUCUGCAGAACGCCGAGGAGCCUAAGUACCAUAUUUUACUGUCGCGCGCCAGGAGACAUAACGACACGGAGAAUGAGAAACUGCUGGAACGUAUAAAGGAAGGGAAACAUGCUCUGAUCGACUGGAGGAGUUCCCUCAGGUUCUUGAUGAGGAAGGAUCUGUUGCUAACCGGAGGCUGCCAUUUCUCUCUGAGCACAGACGAGUUUCUCGACGAACCUAUUGCCAUGAUCAUUCAACAGGACAGCCCUUAUUUACCUGUCAUUAAUGCGGAAUUGCAUCGGAUGCUGGAGUCUGGAAUGAUGAACAAAUGGAUCUCCGAGAGGAUGCCGAUGAAAGACAAAUGCUGGGAAGUACCAGGAAGCAAUCAGGCGGUGAACAAACGAAAAGUGAACGUCGCCGAUAUGCAAGGAAUAUUUUUCGUAUUGUUCAUGGGUAUUGUCAUUCAAAUCCAUCUUCCAGAGAUUCCAUCAACAUUCUAAUUAAAGAAUUUCCACAUUAUUUUAGGCGUCACGUUGGGUUUCCUCUUUCUCUUCUGCGAGUGUUAUUGUCAUAGACGCAAGAUUGCCAAGGAACGGAAAUUGAUACGUCCCUUCGUUUCGUAAAUCUUACACAAGACGUGUAUAUACAUACAUAUCAGGAUAUACAAACAAAAUACAGGGACAGAAUUUAUUUGAUGGAUAAAAUGGAAUCUGGAAGAGGAAAGGCAAGUUUCGUUCGUUGUUGAAAAAUAGCAUAUUUUUUUCGCUCCACCCUAUAAUAUCUCUAGUCAUACAAAUUCUUUCUUCUCUUUGUUCAUCAGUAUUUUAACUGCACACAAUUUCUCUUUGGAAAAACAAAGUCACGCAACGCACGUGUAACCGCUCUUUCUAUAUUUCUCUAUAAGUCAGAAUUAUCGCUUAAUCCUUCUUCUUCAAAAAAGUCGAUGUAACCGGAACAGUUAAAAGUCCUUGCUCAACCUAAAUUCGCGAUUUUCUCGAAUUUUUUUCUUUUUUUCUUUGUCAGUUGCACCGAUGAAAAAGAAUUGUAA